UAGACACUCGGCAAGACAACAAGAGAGAGAGAGACAGAGAGAGAGAGAGAGAAAGAGAGAGAGAAAGAGAGAGGGGGGGGGCUUCCUGUGUGCAACCGAGAGCUGUUGAUCAGAAAGCCAAGUGUGCAAAAGAUCUGAUAGCUGAGAAGGCGGGUGGAUGUCAGCGGCUCCUCAACUUGGAAGACACAGAAAAGAAGAGCGGUGAAAAUACCAACGGACGUCAGAAGCAGCUCGGUGAAGAUAGAAACUCUGAAACCUCGGAAGAACACAGCUAGCUCUCACCUGCUGCUGCUCUGAUCGGCUGGAGCUGUUCCCACCUAAAGAGCCCGCUCUUCUAUUUCCCUUGCUCUCGGUGUCUCUACACUCCCUGGCAGGCUCUACUUUCUGCAAACUUUUUUUUCCUUUUUGUAAUUUGAGCGGAUUUCCACCCCCCCCUUAAGUUAGGCAGACAACCAGUCGCUCUGCUGUCUUAUCCCACACGCCCCCUCCCUUUCUGCGGUUUCCCUCUUGCCCAUCAGAGGACAGAAGGCAGAGAAGUAGAGAGAGGCAGCGAUGCUUCAAGAGGAUUAACUGUAGCCGCCGAAACUUGGAAGGAAGUCUCUGGGAAUCCAGACUCAGUCUCGCUCCUCACUCUCUCGAGUUGAAUGAGUGGCGAUGUGCAGCAAAGCGUUUCUCGCCCUGCUGCUUUAUGGGCUGGUUAUGCACUGCAGCGUCUACUGCUCACCUGCUGCUGCCGCUGCUGCUGCUGGACUUCAGUACCCCGCGCUGAGGCUGGAAGAUGAAAUGUACGACGAAGAGGGCAACACUCUUUCGGACUAUGCCUUUGACAGCGAACCCCUCAGUAUAGCCGACCCUUCCUCCAUGCUGGACGACAUGUACACUUUGUAUUACCCGCCGGACAAAAGGCGUGCAGAUGGGCUACUUAACAAAGCGUACAGGAAAGUGCUGAACCAGUUGUCUGCAAGGAAGUAUCUGCAUUCUCUGAUGGCCAAGCGGGUGGGUGGGGCCAGUAGCCUGGAGGACGACUCAGAACCCCUUUCCAAAAGGCACUCGGAUGGCAUAUUCACAGACAGUUACAGCCGCUACCGAAAACAAAUGGCUGUCAAGAAAUACUUGGCAGCAGUCCUGGGUAAAAGGUAUAAACAAAGAGUUAAAAACAAAGGACGGCGAGUAGCUUAUUUGUAGCGAUGAGCUCCCAACCACUCCUGUGUACACAAGAGUCCCCCGGGGAAAAAAAUCUGAGAGAGGACCACCCCACCCCCAAAGUCAUUUCCAAACUGACUGAUCAAUCACCACUCUCCUAUGUUAUCUAAACAUGUAUUUAUGUAUGAAGUAAAGCCAUUAAAUGACUAUUUUGAUAAUAAUACUGUUUUUCUUUUGUACAAAAAAAUUAAAUUAAGAGUAAGCACUAGAGAAACGCACAGAUCUACUUUGUGGACCAACCCUUUAAAUAAAUAGAUAUAAAAUAAUAAAUAUUGGAUAAGGAUGCAUAGUGAUAGAGCUUUCCCCAACCAGAUUCCCAUCAAAUGUGCUUGAUUACAACUCCUAUCAUCCCCAGACAGCUACCUUACUGUUUGAAAGAUAGUGAUUUGAGUAAAACUCUGGGGUAGUGAACAGACCUGAGGAAUAGGCCUUUAGUGGUUAGCUAUGCACAAAAACAAAACAAAACCCCGAGGGCAUUCCUCUAAACUUAUGUUUUUUAAUAAAAUAGAAGAGAUAGAGAGUAAGAGGGAGACAAUCAUUGCUUUGAAUAUGAUUCCUAUUUUUGUAAUGGAAAAUAAAGGAGAGUAUUUUUUUAUUUAUGACAGGGUUGAAAGAAUAACUGUUCUCCACUUGCACAUUCAGAAAAAAUUAUUCUUUUCCUAGGGGUUUAGGUGCUCUCUUGAGUAGAGAGCAUCUUUGGCCGCUGGGAGUCUUUCCCGAAAAGUCCUUGGCCAUUACUCCCCUCCCCAUCUCGGGCUAGAGAAGGCAUUGCCUUACUUCCUAAGGAUCAGUCUGCCCACCCUUCCCACCCCACCCCAUUCAUGAAGAGUUUACUCGGGACUGCGCAAUAUGCAGUAUGAAUCAGCUUGCUGCCUUCUAGUCUUUUUGGGGGAGACGCUCCUCCUCCCACUCAGCAGAUCUUCCUGCUACUUAGAAACUAUGGGAGAACUAGCCCAUUUCAGUCCGCUUAAAGAUUUAGGGCUCAGUACUGUACAGCACUGCAGCUGUUCAGUGAGUAAGAGGAAAUGUACCCACAUGCAUUUUUCAGGGAAAGGUACCGUGGGGGAAGCCCUUCCUCCAAACCGUAAGAGUAGGUUGGUUUCUAAGUGCGUUUGCGCACACGGACCUAUUCGUACUUUCCUUUUCUAGAAAUAACUACAGGAGUUAGAAAGCUUCCCUUAAAAAACGGGAGAAAGGUCUCUUCCUCAGUCCUUCUGAGUUUUGGACUGACGCAAUCCAGGCUCCAAGUCCAAUAAAUUGGUUCUCUCGCUUCCGCGCAAUGAAGCGGACGGCAACACUUGGGAGGGGCAGAAAGAAAUGCUCCACCGCUAGAAAACCAGUUCAUCAGGGAGAUGGAAUCCAGACGGGACCCUUCGCCUUGCUGGACUCGUUUUCUAGCAAGGCACGAAAUAAUCCGAGGGGACACCCCAAAAUCCGCACCGUGUUAUCUUCCAGCCCUCCCCAGAGAUUUAAGCCCCCCCCCCCGCGCUACAAAGGAUCCCGUGCACCUCUCCAGUGCUGCCCAGGCUCCCUCGCAUCUUGCUCUAUUGGCCGGCCUUUUCUCUUUGGAAUCGCCCCUCCGGGCCUGGCCAGGGGGAGCCACAUUUUCCGCCUUCGGUGUUGCCCGUAGAUUUUACCCAUCCCUUCCCUCAUGGCCUCUCUCGCAAUGUUGUGUUUUCCAUCCGGGUCAUUUCAGUUUGUUUUGGCUUGAAAACAACAACGAACAAAUUAUAUUGUGAACGCCUCAGGCAUUUUUUGAGUUUUGUUAUGACGCGAGCUCUGAUUGUAAGACCGUUUCAGGCCCC